AUGACUAGUCAGAGUAUAUAUACUACCACCUUUAAUCUUACUGUUUUUCUUUUUCUUUCAUUGCUUUCUCAAUUUGUUUCUCUUGAAACCAGUAGAUUCAAUUCCAAUGAUGGUAAUUUAACCACGCAUUGCAUUGAAUUUGAGAGGAAAGCCCUUCUUAAAUUCAAAGGAGGACUCACAGAUCCUUCUGGUCGGCUUUCUUCUUGGGUUGGCAAAGAUUGCUGUCGAUGGAAGGGUGUGAGCUGCAACAAACACACUGGCAACAUUUUCAAGAUUGACCUCAGAAACCAUGGAGGAGAAUAUUGCAGUUUGUUCGAAGGACUUGCGGACAAUAACUCCUCAUCGUGUUUGGGAGGUGAGAUAAGUCCUUCUUUGCUCAACUUAAAAUAUUUAAGUUACUUGGAUCUAAGCAUGAAUGAUUUCCAGGGAAUCACAAUCCCAAAUUUCAUCGGUUCACUUGAGAAAUUGAGUUAUCUCAGACUUUCUCAAUCAAAUUUCGGUGGAAUGGUUCCACCUCAUCUUGGAAAUCUGUCAAACUUGCAAUAUCUUGACCUCUCUGCAUUUGUUUUUUACUACAAUAUUUGGGCAUCGGAUUUAAACUGGCUUGUUGGCCUAUCUUCUUUGAAGUAUCUUAAUCUUGGUGGUGUGAACCUGAGUGAAGCAACAGAUUGGUUGCUUUCAGUUAAUACCAUGCCCUCUUUGUCUGAGUUACACUUGUUUGAUUGUCAACUCUCCAAUUUUCAAAAAUCUAUACAGAAAAUAAAUUUUACUUCCCUCUUGGUCCUCGAUCUCUCUUCUAACGAGUCUAACUCUUCCUUACCUCUAUGGCCUUUCAAUAUUAGUACUCUUGUGGAAUUCAAUGUCAGUUUAACCAAUUUUACGGGUUCCAUUGUCAGUGCUGCUUUGGGAAGCUAUCAUAACUUGCAAUCACUAGAUUUAUCUUCUAACUCUAUUAGUAGUGACAUACGUGAACUUUUAGAGGGAUUGUCUGGGUGUUGUAACAGUAGCUUGAAGGAGUUGAUAUUGGGGUCCAACAAAUUUAAUGGAAAGUUGCCCGAUUCAUUGGGACACUUGAACUAUUUGAGAUCCCUUGUACUGAAUGAGAAUCUGAUCUCAGGUCCAAUUCCAGAAUCUGUUGGAAGGUUGUCUUUUCUAAAGGAAUUGGACCUUUCUUUUAAUGAGAUGAAUGGGUCUAUCCCUACAAGUUUAGGAAGACUCACAGAGUUGACUAAAUUGCAACUCUUCCAUAAUUCUUGGAAAGGCCUCUUGUCCCAAAACCAUUUACAGGGUCUUGCAAAACUACGAGUUUUCUCCGUAUCUUCCGACACAACUUGCAUUUUUGAUGUGACACAUGAAUGGGUUCCUCCAUUUAGCCUGUUAGCUAUCCAAAUCAGUAACUAUCUGUUGGGUCCAAAAUUUCCAACAUGGCUGAGAAAUCAGAAAGAACUUUUAUCCAUUGUCCUCACAAAUGUCUCCAUUUCAGAUACAAUACCUGACUGGUUUUGGAAAUUGUCAAUGCAGAUUGACAAGCUCGAUUUAUCUCACAACGAAAUUGUCGGUGUUGUUCCCAACUCAUUAGGAAUUUCCUUUGUGGACUUGAGAUUCAAUCGCCUGGAAGGCACAAUCCCACUCUGGCCUAACGUAAUGUUUCUCUUUCUGAACAACAAUUUAUUUUCAGGAGCAAUUCCUUUGAAUAUUGGCAGUGUCAUGUCAUCGUUGGUCAUUCUUGAUCUUUCUGGGAACUCUCUAGAUGGUACCAUUCCUUUGUCCAUAUGUAAAUUGAAAGUUUUGCAAGGCCUCUAUCUUUCGGAUAAUCAUCUAUCUGGACAAAUUCCCAUCCAUUUGGGGGACAUGUAUGCUCUUGGUGGCAUAGAUCUGUCCCAAAACAAUCUCUCUGGCCAUAUUCCUGAAUCAAUGUGCUCACUACCAUUUCUUUAUUGGUUGAGGUUGAGUGGUAACAAUCUUUCUGGCGAACUCUCUUGGUUGAAGAAUUGCAGGAAUUUGCAGACUCUUGAUCUUGGAGAUAACAAAUUUUCUGGGAACAUACCAGGAUGGCUGGGAGAAAAUCUUUCGUCGCUUUCCAAGAUCCGAAUGCGAGCCAACUUGUUCACCGGAGAUAUACCUCAACAGCUGUCAUUUAUCUGA